AUGGCAGAGGCUUUGAUGACAAACGGUACAUCGACAGCACUUGAUGAUGGUACCCACGGGGGUAAUUAUGUGCUCAACAUCCUCAAUCACAUUAAUGAGCUCAAUGACUCGUUACUUACCAAGGAGAUUGAAUGCUUGAAGGCCAAACAUCAGGACAGUGUCAGUCAAAAGGCCACGACAACAACAACAACACAUGAAGCUAACGUUUGUCCGGUUAAUUGGGACUCGUUGUUGUGUUGGCCGUCAACUCCUGCGGGCACCAAUGUUAAGUUACCCUGCGUUGAUCAACUUUAUGGAAUUUUUUACGACAGUUCACAAAAUGCUAGCCGGUGGUGCUGGCCCAAUGGUACCUGGGAUAAUCGGACCGACUACUCACACUGUCACGAGUUGAGAUCACAAGUAGCUGAGUCCAGCGUUGAAAUAACAACGACAUUAUAUUUUGUCGGCUACAGUCUAUCACUCUCAACUCUGGUUGUCGCUGUUGCUAUUUUUCUCUACUACAAGGAGCUGAGAUGUUUAAGAAAUAACAUUCACACGAAUUUAAUGUUGACAUACAUACUUGCCGAUUUAACAUGGAUAUUAACAACAGUGAUGCAAGUUUCAAUGCAGUCAGAUAUUCCCUCCUGUAUAAUAUUUAUAUCGAUGCUUAAUUAUUUUCAUCUGACGAAUUUCUUCUGGAUGUUUGUUGAAGGUUUGUAUCUGUAUUUAUUGGUCGUAAAAACAUUUACCGGUGAUAAUAUUAAACUGCGUCUUUGUCUUGUCAUCGGAUGGGGUACUCCUAUCCUUGUGAUAGCUAUUUGGUGUAUAGCUAAAUCAACAGUUGUUAAUACUGAGAGUAUCACUCAAAAUGGAGCGCUGUAUCGACAUUGUCCGUGGAUAGUUUAUCAUCAUUACGAUUGGUUUUAUCAAAUCCCAGCAAUUACAGUACUGAGUGUAAAUGUUAUUUUUCUCUUCAUGAUCAUGUGGCAGGUUCUGAUAACAAAACUACGCUCGGCAAAUAAUGUCGAGACUCAGCAGUAUAGAAAAGCAAGCAAAGCACUACUUGUCCUCAUCCCACUCCUUGGGGUGACAUACGUAUUAGUAAUUGCUGGGCCAACUGAGGGAGAAGUUGCUAAUAUUUUUUCUUACGUCCGAGCUAUAUUGCUGUCGUCUCAGUAUUACAAUAAUUGGUCACCACGUUCUCGUACUGAAAGUAUAAGGCUUUACUAUCAGCCGUCAGUUCCAUACAAAAAACGAGAAUCAUCAGCAAGUGAGACAACAACCACAACUGUCGUUGGAAUGAAUUCAACAACGACAUUUCUCGAUCGAUCACGGGCAACCAUCUCCGAGGACCUCAACGAGUAA